GGAAUGAGAGUGAGAACGCGCCAGUUAUGUGCUGGUGCAAAGUGAUUAGGCUGACCUUUCCGCUAGCAUCUUACCUGCAUUGCUCUGUAGAAUCUAAAGUUCUUAAAUGUAACGUGAACAAGUAAUAUUACUAAAAGAAGCGUUCAUAUCCACCCCGACGUCCCGAGUCAUUACUUUGAAGACAGUUAUUCUAAAAGUAAUUGCUCUUUUGACCAAUCAGAUAUGCUCUGAAAAAGAGCUGAUGCGAAAAUAUCUAACGUGAUAAUUUCCCAUCAUUAUUCAACAGGCUAAUGGGUCUCCAGUUGUCUAUAUAAAGAGUAUCCUUAUUAAGUUUGGGAAUCAAAGUAAUUACACCUUGUUUUAAGGAAGCCGGUAACUCCCCAUUUUCUAUUGAUUCGUGAAACAUAGCAAGAAUGAAAGGAAUCAAUUUAUCAUUGAAUGCUUUAUAAAACUCGCUUAUUAAACCAUCAUUUCCAGGGGACCUAUUGUCCUUAAGGCUUUUAAUACAGUCUUUUAUCUCAAUUUCAGAUAACUCAUCAUCACAAAAAUCCCUGAAAUCAUUAUCUAUCUUAGCAAUGUUUGCAACACGUCAUGCUCUUAUCAACUGAGCUACGAAGGAGCACGUCGACGUCACUAGAAUGAUGACAAGCAAUUUUAAGGGAUUCUAAAGGGAAUCAGAAUUCCAAACUAAUUUCUAUGGCAACACAGUUGUCAAUUUUGUAAACAAUCAUUUUCGAACGUGUGUUGCCAAGAGACAUCUAACCGACGUUCUAUGGAACGUUUUCUGUGCGAAAACAACAACUUUGCUGCUGACAACAAACUUGUUUGAUUUUUGAGACCUGAGAACAAUCGACUGGAAAAUGCCUGGGUGCUUUUCAAGACUGGCGGAGAGAGUGUGUGGACGUCGGCGGCCUACUGCGUCGACAGGUUGUUCAAAUUCAUUUGUGGCUUGUUUUUCUUGUCUUUUUCUGUUUUGCAGGGUUCGUGAUCGUCGACAGGUGGACAGCGACUUCGAAGAGGAAACAACUGUCCUGGAUGAGGUCCAGUUGGAUGUGCCAUUGGAUGAUGUGCCAGAUGUUCCACAGCUGCCAGUCCUCCUUGAUGACCAGAAUGCUGCUAUCAUCCUUGAGGAUGUGCCAGAUGUGCAGACUAUCCUUGAGAACAAUGCCGGUCCGGUGGUUAAAGCUUGGAGAACUUUCCAGUUCAUCAGCCCCAUCAUCACCUACAUGCGUGGGGGAUCCCAGCAGGUGGUGGUGAGGAUGCACCACGUGAGUAGGGUGAGAGGCCUGGAGACUCAACUGGUGUGGGCCAUCUCCAAGGAGACAGCCAGGCUUAGUCCAGAGGGCAUCCCCUACUGUGCCACCAAAGUGCAGUCCAUCACUUGGAUCCAGCGUGUGGCUGGCAGGGUGACCCACUAUGCGUCUCACCUCCGCCACGAGACGUCUGUGGACGUGACGCUUGGCUGCUACCAGCAGACUGAUGUCUCAGUGGUGUACGCCACUCUCCACAUGGGGCUGGACGGGCUUCUCUCCUCUUCAGCGUGGUCGGAGGCUGCCUCCUUCUCUACUCCCACCACUCAGCAGUUCACUGACCCAGAGCCUGAGGGCCACAACUGCUAUGAGGGCUGGGAGGAGGACCUGCUGCCUGAGGAGAGGGAGGUUCCUCUGCUAAACCUCUACCUUACCACCAAGAGAGUGGAGGACAUCGCCCUGAGGCUCGUCUCCUUGCGCCAGGCCUUCACUACCCUGCUUGGUUCCACCCUGAGCAGGAACCAUCUGUUUGUGGCGGGAAAGGUCCUCCUGGGCAGCCUUGUUCAGGCCAACCACAUGGACGAGGCCAAAUUCAUCCGUACCUAUAAUGACUUUGUGGACUACCUGAGUGACCCCUCCAAGCGGAAUGACAUUGAGAGGGAGCUGGCUGAGGCAAAGAUCCAUCAUGUGAACAUGAUAGAUGUCCUCUUUGAGCUGGUGCUGUUUGGGAUGAUGACAGCUCAGAAGUCCCUGAUGGUGCACCCUGGUGGGUUCGUGGAGCGUCUGUAUUCUCUCCUGUACUCCUUCCUGCCCACUGCUGCCAACAUGGAGCCAGAGGCUGAUAGAAUCCUACUGCUGCUCAAUGGCGGACUGAUGGCUCUGCUAGAUGACAUGUUUGGCCAGCAGCUGGCCUGGUAUUUUAACUCAGAGUCUCUGGUCUCUGAGCUCUCCAGCCUCCUGGAGUACCACUUGGAGAACCUCAUGGCCAGCAUGUAGUCCUACUGCAGGGACCAUACUCCUUUCUCCUUCUCUCUCUCUUUUGAAGGAAUUGAGGACUUGAAGUGCUUUGUUGAACCCUGAUUAGUUAACACCCAUUAAUUUAAUGUAUUCUCUUGUUUUCUCUCCCCACAGGAUUAUUGUGACACUUUGCCACCCAACAGGGAUCUAGACACCAAUGCACUACAUUACUUUGCACUGAAUUUGUAAAAUAAAAUAAGUUGUAGUUCAAAAGCA